AGGGCGAGGCCCGGGCACCUCCCCCUUUAUAACGCGCCCCCUCCCGGGCUCUUGGGCCGCCUCCUCGUCGGCUCUUCGCGUCUCGCCCCCUCGCCUGGCUGCCCCGGCCCCGGGCCCGGCCAGGGAGCCCCCAGGUCGCGGCUCGGGGGCUGUCCCCCCGCCCGCCACCCCGCGCAGCCCGGCGGAGGCGGCGCCGUCGGAGGAGGAGGAGCAGGGCACUGCGGCUGGCCCGGGAUCGGACGCCAGAGCGGCAGCGGCUUCGGCAGCAGCGGCGGCCCGGGCCAAUGCAGCGGGACGCACCGCCCCGAGCCCCAGCCCCGGCGCCACGGCUUCCCGCGCCCCCAAUCGGGGCCGCCGCCAGCACUGGCGGCGGCGGAGGUGGGGGCAGCGGUGGCGGCGGAGGCGCCUCUGCAGCUCCGGUUCCUCCUGGCCUCCCGGGAACUACAAGUCCCAGGGGGCCUGGCGGCGGGCGGCGGACGGAAGAGGCGGGGUCGGCGCCUCGAGGCCGGAAGUGGCCGUGGAGGCGGAAGUGGCGCGGCCGCGGAGGGGCCUGGAGCACGGCGGCGGGACCCGGAGCGGGAGCGGCGGCGGCGGCGGCGGCUGGGGGCGGCGGCGGCGCGCUAGAGGCGGCCAUGGCAAAGCAGUACGAUUCGGUGGAGUGCCCCUUUUGUGAUGAGGUGUCCAAAUAUGAGAAGCUCGCUAAGAUCGGCCAAGGCACCUUUGGGGAGGUGUUUAAGGCAAAGCACCGCUUGACCGGCCAAAAAGUGGCUCUGAAGAAGGUACUGAUGGAGAACGAGAAGGAGGGGUUCCCCAUUACUGCCCUGCGGGAAAUCAAGAUCCUGCAGCUUCUAAAACAUGAGAAUGUGGUCAACUUGAUUGAGAUCUGUCGAACUAAAGCUUCCCCCUAUAACCGCUGCAAAGGCAGUAUAUACCUGGUGUUUGACUUCUGCGAGCAUGACCUUGCGGGGCUGCUGAGCAACGUCUUAGUCAAGUUCACACUGUCUGAGAUCAAGAGGGUCAUGCAGAUGUUGCUAAAUGGCCUCUACUACAUCCACAGGAACAAGAUCCUGCACAGGGACAUGAAGGCGGCUAACGUGCUCAUCACCCGAGAUGGGGUCCUGAAACUGGCAGACUUUGGACUGGCCCGGGCCUUCAGUCUGGCCAAGAACAGUCAGCCCAACCGCUAUACUAACCGUGUGGUGACGCUCUGGUACCGCCCCCCAGAGCUGUUGCUCGGGGAGCGGGACUACGGCCCUCCCAUUGACCUGUGGGGUGCUGGGUGCAUCAUGGCGGAGAUGUGGACCCGCAGCCCUAUCAUGCAGGGCAACACGGAGCAGCACCAGCUUGCCCUCAUCAGCCAGCUCUGUGGCUCCAUCACCCCUGAGGUGUGGCCAAAUGUGGACAAGUACGAGCUGUUUGAGAAACUGGACCUGGUCAAGGGCCAGAAGCGGAAGGUGAAGGACAGGCUGAAGGCCUAUGUGCGUGACCCCUACGCGCUGGACCUCAUCGACAAGCUGCUGGUGCUGGAUCCCGCACAGCGCAUUGACAGUGACGACGCCCUCAACCACGACUUCUUCUGGUCAGACCCCAUGCCCUCGGACCUCAAGGGCAUGCUGUCCACCCACCUGACAUCUAUGUUUGAGUACCUGGCACCACCACGUCGAAAGGGCAGCCAGAUCACACAGCAGUCCACCAACCAGAGCCGAAAUCCCACCACUACCAACCAGACGGAGUUCGAGCGCGUCUUCUGAGGGCCAGCCGCUGCUGCUUUUCACUGGGGCGCUUGUUUAUUUUUUCUUCUGCUUUGUGACUCACAUUGUGGAGAUUAUGGGGCAUUUGAGUGUUUUCUCUAGUGCGUAUUUUAUUUAAUCCCCACCCUGGGCACUGGGAAUGCCAGCUGAAUGGACUGGAGUAAAGCUUUGGCUGGAAGUCCAGGAGGGCACUGGGGCUGCCUCACCUGGUUCCCUGGCUUUCUGGUUGAUGCCCAGAGGGUCUCCAUUUACCUUAGGACAGGAAUGGGGUGGGAAGAGAGGUGCACCCCAUCAGUGACUCUUUAAGAGUUCUCAGCAUGAUGGGAAGAGGGGACAGGUCCCUCACCCAUCUCCAACCUUCCUGUUGGGAUGAGAAACUUGAGUGGGGGACAUCCAGCUUCGGAAAUGGGCUGCUUUUGGCCUGACCCUCAGAAGCACCGGGGCUGGCAAAAAUUUGGUUUCUUCAAUAGGAGAAUUUUAUCGUGUUUCUGAUAUUCGGUUGUUUAGAGACAUUCCUGGACAAAGUUUGGCCAGUUAUAAUUAAAGUUGACUUUUUUCAGUAA